AAUGAGGUCAGUCAUGUCCCUCUCCUCUUUCCCGGGUCGAUCUUUACAUCUUCAUCUCUGUUCACGACUAUUCAAUGUUCUUGAUACUUUUGUUGCUAAAAGGGGACUUUGAUGCAGUGAAAACCCAUCAAAGGUUUCUCUUCAUUUUCAGUGUGUUGUUUGUUUUCAAGGUUUGCUCUGCUUCACGUGUAAAGCCAAGUCUUGAAACUGUUGUUGAGCACCAGUCUUCUAGGAUAGCCAAAUUCAGCUGAGAGUUGCUGAAGUUACAGAAAUCAUGGGUUCGUUCCAAUGCUUUUGUCUGCUCCUUUUGCUGAAAACCUGUGUUGCUCGCAACCAGUUAAUUGGUCAGAUAUCUCCUGGAUUCCAAACAUCUCAGAUGGAAUGGGUAGAGCAUGAUGGUCUCUUCCUCCUAUCCAAAGGUUCUACUUUUGGUUUGCGCUUCUACAGGGGUGUGGAUGUUCAGACCUUUUUGCUAGUUAUCAUUCAUAUUAACAGCUCCUAUGUUGUUUGGACUGCCAAUAGAGGCAAGACGCUUGAAAAUUCUUCUAAGUUUGUGUUUGAGACAAAUGGGAAUGUUUACUUGAAAAACGGGGAUCAAGUGAUUUGGGCUACGAACACCACAGGAGAAAGGGCUGCUUCCUUGGAAUUGUUGGACUCGGGCAACUUGGUGCUUCUUGGAGACUACGGAAGGACACUUUGGCAGAGUUUUGACCAUCCUACUGAUACCCUUUUAUCUGGUCAGGAGUUCGUGGAAGGAAUGCGUCUCAAAAGUUUCCCUAAAAAUGAUCAAGACAGUUAUUAUCUUGCUUUUAAGUCUGGUAAUUUGGUCUUGUAUAUAGGGUACCAGACGCCGCAGUUAUAUUGGUCCUUAGCAGAUGAAAGCAGGAAAACUAAUCAAACAGUUAAUGGCAAGGUUCAUUCUGCAUCUUUGGUGUCAAACUCAUGGAACUUUUAUGAUCAAAGUAAAGUCUUGCUUUGGCAGUUCAUCUUCUCCCAGAAUUCUGAUGCGAAUGCCACAUGGGCUGCCUCUUUGGGUGCCGGAGACAUUCAAUUCAUAAAUCUUCUGGGUGGAAAGGGACAGAUUCCUGAGGCAAUCAAGAUACCACAAAACUCCUGCAACAUACCUGAGCAUUGUGCUCGUCUAUUUGAUGUGUGCUUUUUUGACAACUUUUGUAAAUGUGCCCCACCCGUUCUCUCCAAAUAUGACUGCAAACCACCAAUUGUCUCAAACUGCAGUACCCUCAACAGUCUAUUCUAUGUUGGUGAAAAGCUAGAUUAUUUUGCACUCAGGUUUGAAACACCGAAUAUGAACUCCAAUCUGGAUACUUGCAAAGAAGCUUGCCUCAAAAAUUGCUCUUGCGCUGUACUGUUCUUUGAAAAUGUUACCAACAAGUGCUUUUUCUUUGAUCAGAUAGGGGGUUUUCAGCGCUCUCAGGAGGGGACUAAUGGUUACAUUUCAUAUAUGAAGGUUUCAGAGAAUGAAAAUGGGCCAAAUUCUGUCAAAGAAGGAAGCAAAAAUGGAGAGAUUCGCAUUCUGUAUAUUGUGAUAAUCGUUGUUGGGACAGUUCUAAUAAUUAUUGGUCUGCUUUAUGCUGGAGUCUGGUAUUACCGCAAACAGAAGAGGUUGCUGAAAUCUACAGAAGAAGACUUGGAGGAAGAUAAUUUCUUUGAUAGUUUGUCUGGGAUGCCUAUUCGCUUCAGCUAUGAUGAACUCUGUGAAGCAACUAAAAAUUUCUCUUCAAAAGUUGGCCAAGGAGGGUUUGGCUCUGUUUAUCUAGGUGCAAUGCCAGAUGGUAGCAGAUUGGCUGUGAAAAAACUAGAGGGCAUUGGGCAGGGGAAGAAGGAGUUCAGAGCUGAAGUCCAAAUAAUUGGAAGCAUUCAUCACAUGCAUCUUGUCAAGCUUAAAGGCUUCUGCACGGAGGGGCUUCACCGCCUUCUUGUUUAUGAGUUCAUGGCAAAAGGGUCUCUAGAUAGGUGGAUUUUCAAGAACAAUGAUGAAACUUGCGUUUUGGAUUGGAGUACAAGAUUCAACAUAGCACUAGGCACAGCAAAGGGAUUGGCUUAUCUCCAUGAAGAGUGUGAAUUGAAGAUUGUGCAUUGUGAUAUAAAACCUGAAAAUGUCCUGCUUGAUGAUAAUUUUACUGCCAAAGUCUCAGAUUUUGGUUUGGCUAAGCUCAUGAACAGGGAAGAAAGCCUCGUGUAUACAACACUAAGGGGAACAAGGGGUUAUCUGGCACCUGAGUGGAUUACCAACAAUCCCAUAUCAGAGAGGAGCGAUGUGUACAGCUAUGGGAUGGUCUUGCUUGAGAUUAUUGGAGGCAGAAAGAAUUACGAUCCUGGUGAAAGUUCAGAUAAAGUCCAUUUUCCUCCGUUUGUCUUCAAGAUGUUGGACGAAGGAAAAAUAAGAGAAAUUCUUGAUCCCAAGCUUGAUGUCAGUGAAAAUGAUGAAACAGUCAUCACUGCAAUCAAAGUUGCGCUCUGGUGCAUACAAGAUGAUAUGCGUUUGAGACCACGAAUGACAAAAGUUGUCCAAAUGCUUGAAGGUCUAUGUGAUAUACCGCCUCCUUACUUCUCCUCCUCACAGGCUGCUGGUUCUCGAGCUUACUCUGGUUUUUUAAAGUGGAGCAGUGAAGAGGGUUCAUCUUCAGGACUACUUAGUUAUGGCAGUGAUGCAUUUUUGUCAGAUGUUCGGUUAUCAGGUCCACGAUGACAGAAGCCAUAUAGUUGGAGAACUACCUUUAAAGCACCAAGCUUCAACUAGAAACUGCUAGUUUUCAUCCAUGUUAUUAGCCUUAAUUAAGAUUUCCGGGUUUGGUAUGACUUUAAUAUGCAUAUAUUUUUGUUCAAUAUGGCUUGCAAUUCUUAGAUUUCUUCUGUAACUGUAAAAUUGUUAGUAUGGCAGAGUUAGUAUUGCCUCUUGUGAAGCUUCAAUAUUCAUUGUCAUCACUAAAGGUUUUGUUUUGGAUUGAAGACUAAUCUACAUA